AUGGACGAAUCCAACAAAAUGGGGUUCUUAGGAGCCACUUCUUAUGUCAUUGGUAAUAUUAUUGGAUCAGGAAUCUUCAUCACACCAGCAUCAAUUCUUCGAAACGUAGACAGUAUUGGAUUGAGUUUACUCAUUUGGGUACUUUGUGCGGUGAUCGCUAUUCUUGGUGCUAUUUGCUACAUUGAACUGGGUACAUCAAUUCGUGAAGCUGGUUGUGAUUUCGCCUACAUCUGUUAUGUGAAAUGGUACUCCAUUGCAUUUGCAUUCAUGUGGGUAUCUGUCCUUAUGACAUAUCCAGCUACAAUUGCAAUUUGUGCUGAAACAUUCGGUCAAUAUCUCAUCGAAGGAUUGAAACAGUACUACGAAAUCGACGAAGCACUGGUGCCGACGUGCCAAAAGCUGUUUGCGUACUCGUUAUUAUUUCUCGUCACAUGGAUGAACUUCUUCGAAUUGAGCAAAUUUGCAGCUCGAUUCCAGAUUUUGGCUACUGUAGCUAAACUUUUCUCUUGUCUUCUUAUUAUUGGAACUGGGUUUUACUUUUACUUUGUCAAAGGAUGGCAUGGGUAUUUGGAAAACCCAAUGCAAGGCUCAAAAUACGGAACUGGAAACCUGAUUCUCGGUUUCUACGGAGGUCUUUGGGCGUUCUCUGGAUGGGACGUGCUCAAUUACAGCACUGGAGAGAUCAAGCAUCCAAAACGAAAUGUGCCGUUUGCACUUCUCACAGGAAUCAGUGUGGUCACAGCCAUCUACGUAGCUAUCAACGUCGCUUACUUCGUCGUUCUCGAUGUGGAAUCAGUGAAGCAAUCGGAUGCAGUUGCUGCGAUUUUUAGUCGUGAGACUCUCGGUGACUUCGCCAACAUCAUCCCAUUCCUGAUUGGUAUUCUGUUGAUUGGAUCGUUGAACAGCAAUCUGUUCUCUGGAAGUCGCUACAUGUAUGCAGCUGCUCGACAGGGACAUUUGCCUGCUUGCUUUUCGUGUGUCAAUGGAGAAACUGAAUCCCCAAGAGUGGCUGUUCUGGCACAGAGUGUUCUGGCACUGAUGAUUUCGUACAUUGGAGAUCUAGACACUCUCAUCACUUACGUAAUGUUCGGAUUUUGGGCUCAGAGAAUCUUCAGUCUUGUCGCCCUACUCAUCAUUCGCCAUAACCAUAUUCCUGUUCAUCCAGACGCUGUUAGGGUUCCACUUUUUUGUAUCUACUUAUUCUUAAUAAUCACUGUUGCACUGGUCAUUAUUCCUAUUUUCUAUGAGUUCCAAUCGACCGCUCUAGCUAUUGCAAUCUGUCUUUUUGGAUUUGUUCUCUAUUACGUUUUCAUCGAGAAGGCAAUUUUCCCAAGAUGGCUCGUAACUCUUAACAAGAAAGUAACGCUUUGGUGCUGUAUACUUUUCGAUUGCCUUCCAGAUGUUAAAGGCGGAGUUCAACUUCUUGCUUCAGACAGUUCCCAAGCUCUACUAUCUGAAAGACUUUCUUCGACUCGUCUCUCUGACGACAGCCUACCAGAUCUCCAUUCGGACGAAAAGAAUAUCAUGCGCAGAAAUGGAAGUGCUGCUGGUCUCAAGAUGUUAAUUUCCAGCGUUCCGUCUUCACUCGUCGAUCUGAUCAGCGACGUUCAAUAA